GAUUUGAUGAAGAAUUUUCCAGGGACACCUGGCACUUGGACUGGGCUAAUUUUGAGGAUGGCACAGUGCUUAUUUGCAGCUGGUUCAAUUGCUUCAAUGGCCACUACCACUUCAUUCUUCAAUUACACAGCUUUCUGCUAUUUAAUUGCUUCAAUGGGUCUGCAAGUAAUCUGGAGUUGUGGGCUCGCUUUAAUGGAUGCAUACUCCUUACUAAGGAAGAAAGUUCUACACAGUCCUGCCCUAGUCAGCCUCUUUCUAGUCGGGGAUUGGGUGACAGCAACGUUAUCACUUGCAGCAUCUUCUUCCUCGGCGGGAAUAACGGUUCUUUAUUUCGGAGAUUUGGGAGUUUGCGGUUUGGGGGAAGAAUGCACUAGAUAUCAAAUGGCAGUUGCAUUGGCUUUCUUAGGUUGGAUUAGUAUUGCUAUUUCAUCCCUCAUCAUGUUUUGGCUUCUUGCAGCUGGUUAAGGGAUUUUUUUUUUUUUUUUUCGUUCGAUCGGUUAU